AUGGCCGCUGAGUUCGGUCACGCAUAUCUUGCGACGCUCCAAGCGGACCGGGACAAGCUUGUUCAGCGCGCUGACACACUACGCCAGUGGCUUGCCGACUCCAUCGGCAUCGAUCACCUGGACAGUACACUUGCUAGCUCACUUGCUCGGAUCGAGAGCGAGGUUCUGAUUCUCGAAGACCGCAUCCUCGCACACAGCACUGCCAUCGCACACUUCGAGAAUGAGACUUUCCUCGAGAGUCUUGAGCUCGAAGAAAGUCUCGCCGCACGAGAUCAUCGACUUGCAAGAAUGACCAGCGAGGACCGUAAUGACACCCGAGCUCUGACCGCAACCUUAGCCCUGGACACACACUUCGUCCAAGAAUACCAGCACCAUAUGUAUGGAGUCAGCGUUCCUCCCAUCAACUAUGCAGGCUCCGACUCCACCGCCGUCGAGCCGUCACAGGAUGGCGGUCAACGAUCAGACCGUGUCACAACAUGGGUCACAGACGUCAUCGAGCAGGAUGACAAUGUUGCUGAAUCCGAGACCUCGGAUGAAUCCUGCGACAUAAGCUGGCCGACAAGCGCUCGACCAGGUUGUCAUCAGCCCGAACUGUCGGGACCGAAGUCAGAAGGAACGCACAAGUCAAAGCGCUGGCCUCCGUCGCCCUUCGUGGAAGAUGAAGUGCUGGAAAUGGCGAGGGAAGACCGCUCAGAUGUCUGUGAGACACGAUACAACGAUGAUCUUGCCACUGCGGAGAGUCGUGGGUCAGUCGAUCAGUACCCUUUGAUCCUGGAUGUCAACGAGAAAGGCACCGAGCAAGAGCCAGGAAAGACGUCCACGGCGGAUAUGCCACGGAAACAAGUGCCCAGCGGCACAGACAAGUGCAAUGGUCAGCAUGAUACCCGCUUCAUAGUGAGGCUUGCCGGCGUAGUAAUCCCAUCGGCAUGUGACCACGCAGGAGAUGCAGCUUGCGUGUAUUGCAAGCCCUCGCAGCCCUCAAUCGUGGACAAGCUUUUGCGGAUCGAUUUAGCAGGUCAAGCACGGACGAAGAAGAACAGCUCCGCCAACGAGGACUACAUCGAGGACCCGAACAGUCCAGAGACGUUGAAGAGCGAGCAAGAUCGGGAAGAUGGACAAGUCUGCGCAAGCUGCUAUGAUCCACGAGCAAGAUACAGUCCGGUAAAGCUUCUAUGCUCUCACUGGUAUUGCGACGUGUGUAUCAAGUACAUUGUGCAAAAUGCUCUUGAAGGCGGGCAUCGAGCUCAGUGCUGUCGGCAGGAGAUAUCCGUCGAAAACAUCAAGUCAAUUCUUCCUGCCACAUUGGUGAAGAAGUACAAGAAUUGGCUAAUGGAGGCCUCCUACACCCGUCCAGUCUUCUGCGCCGACUCUUGUGAUGGUAGAGUCCUUGGCGAGCAAUCGGAGCAGAAAAAGAAUAUGUUGUGUUCCACUUGUGGGAAAGGGACAUGCAUGCACUGUCGAAAGAGACAGCACGAAGGUAUUUGCCAGAUCGACGAGCCAGAUGAAGACUUGAAAGCUGCGGCGGCUGCCAACGGUUGGAACACUUGCCCAGGUUGUUCUGCGCUGAUCGAGCUUACCCAUGGAUGUUAUCACAUGACAUGUGGCAACUUGUGGAAGACCUGCGAGUGUCCGAUGUUCGACGAGGCAAUGCUGUUAGAUCGUACCCUGCGCGAAGUGGUCUGGCUCGAAGCGCAGGCACACCGCGUCCACAACCGUGAAUUGACUGUUGAGGAGCAGCGAGAGCUCUUCGAAAGCGUGAUGGAACGGCAGCGCGCUCGACUGCUGGACUGCACUCAUCGUCGUCUCCGCAGAGACGAUCACAGCCACUAUCACAUCGUCGAGACGACGGGAAGGCCACCUAUGUGCGACUCCUGCGCCUACGAUGCACCGAGGUAUCUCAUGCGCAACUGCGGCUGUGGACUCGAGGUUUGCCUCUGGUGCAGCUACGUCAUCCUGAACAAUCAAGGCUCUCUGACCGGUCUUCGCGGUCUUCGCAAGGAAUUCUUCUCGAGGCAAUACGUCAAGGAUGCUCGCCCUGCCGAGCGGGAACGAAUGUGGCGACGGACCAAAGAGAAGCGAUAUGAGCUUCGGCUCCAGAGAGCUCGAACCCUCGCUCAGAACAACCCUAUUCAGGUGCAGUUGAGCAGCAACCUUACUCCUGUGCAAGUUCGAGUCAUCCGUGAGCGCCUACAACAACAGCAAGCACUCCAGCACCAGUAUCUCGCCCAAAUGGACAUGGAUGCUGACCUCGUUGCCGAAUGGACGAGACGGUUUGCCCAGCCUGCUACAUGA